GUUCGUUCAGUAUCACCUUCGUAGCCCCCCCUCGACUUCGCCCCAACGGACCCAGAACACCCGCGAUCACCGGCGCGCACCGUUCCCGAGUCCGAUUGAGCUUCGUUCCAAGGCAUCGCGCGCCUCCUAUAGCCGUCCCUCCUCCGCCCCUCCGGUCCACCCCACGAAACCCUAACCCCAUCCCGCUCCCGCGCGCGGUCGCCAUGGGCAUCGAAGAGGGCCCCAUCUCCCGGCGCUCCAGCUCCAGGCGCCACCGCCGGCCGCCCGGCGACGACGCCUCCUCCCCGAAGCGCCAGAAGCGCAGCCAUCACCGCCAUCACCACCGCCACCACGGCCACGGCCGCGGGGACAGGGGAGACCAGGAGUCGGGCUCGCGGCCGCGGGUGUCGGGGGCGAGGCCGGGGGAGCGCGAGGUAGAGGAUGGUGAGAUAGUAGACGACGCCGCCGCUGCCUCAAGGGGGCCGGGUGCCGACUUCGGCAAGGCGGGGUCGGUGUUCGGCGGUCUGGCACCUGCUCCGGGAUGUGAUGAUAAAUUUGAUGCAAACAAGAAGUGUAGAGAGGCCAACCACAGAAGAAAGAGAUCUGAGGAAAUCAAGGAACAAUCUUGCAAGGAGGAAGAUCAAGGUGACUUCGAAAACUUUGCAAAGCAAGAAGAAGAUGAUCUUAAAAAAACUAAGGAGGAAGCAAGAAAGAGGAUGGAUGCUAUUCUGGAGAAGCACCGGCAACGCCAGUUUCAGAAGGAACACCAGGGACCUGUGCCUUGCCAUGAUAGUACAGAAGUAAGAGAUGCUGCUCCCACUGAAGUAAAAGAUGCCAAUUCAGUCACUGUAAUUGUUAAUGAAAAAUCCUACACUAUGGGGAAGACUCCUCCUAUCCAGCCUAACAUUUCAAUCAACUCGGGGAUAUCUGGUGAUCAAAGGACGGCAUGUGUUUCAGGAGUUCAAGAGGGCAUUCCCAUGGGUGCAAGAUCUUCAGAUAUACUCUGCGAUGAUAUUUUUGGAGUAUCUCCUAUUAGAGUUCAGAAAUCGGGUAAUCUAGAAGGUAUGCAUGUGAGAAAAAAUUCGCUUCGCGACAACUGGGAUGAUGAGCAUGGAUAUUACAAGUACCACUUAGGGGAAGUGCUAGAUGGCCAUUACAGAAUUACAGCAGGCUCUGGGAAGGGAGUUUUCUCAACAGUUGUCCAGGCAAAGGAUCUAAAAGCCGGGGAAAAUGAUCCUGAAGUAGCUAUCAAAAUUAUCUGCAAUGAAAAAGAAAGGUACAAAUCUGGUAAGAGGGAGGUUUCUGUACUGGAAAAAUUGUCAAGUGCAGAUCGUGAAGACAAACGACACUGUGUCCGGUUUAUUUCUAGUUUCAUGUAUCGGGAUCAUCUCUGUUUAGUUCUUGAAUCCCUUCAUAUGAAUCUUCGUGAGGUUAUAAAGAAAUUUGGUCGUGAUAUAGGGCUGAAGCUUACUGCUGUAAGGACGUACUCGAAACAGCUUUUCAUCGCAUUGAAGCACCUAAAGGAUUGCAGUAUCCUCCAUUGUGAUAUUAAACCAGAUAAUAUACUGGUAAAUGGGUCUAGAAACAUGUUGAAACUCUGUGAUUUUGGUAGUGCUUUGCCUGCCGGAAUAAAUGAUAUCACACCAAUUCUUGUGAGCCGCUUCUACCGGGCACCUGAGAUAAUUCUUGGAUUGCCGUACGACCAUUCAUUGGAUAUGUGGUCAGUAGGCUGUUGCCUAUAUGAACUUUACACUGGAAAAAUCUUAUUUCCUGGUGGGACGAACAAUGGCAUGCUUUGGCUUCACAUGGAAUUGAAGGGUCCGUUCCCUAAGAAGAUGCUUCGAAAGGGAGCUUUUACAACUCAACACUUUGACCAGGGCCUUAAUUUCCAUGCCACUGAUGAGAAUCUGGUGAAGAAGGCGGUGAAUAAAGUGUGUAUGAACGUUAAACCAAGUGGUGUUGGUCCCAAAAUAUCAAGCUUCCCAGGCGAGGAUCCGAAAAUGCUAUCCAGGUUUAAAGAUCUCCUGGAGAAAAUAUUUGUGCUCGAUCCACAAAAGAGGCUCACUGUGUCACAAGCGCUUAGCCAUCCAUUUAUCACUGGCAAGUGAAAUAAAGAUGAUCAUACUUCUCACUUGUAACAUAUUGAGCAUUUGAGCUUAGCUUCUUUUUUCUGAACUAAAUUACAUGUCUAACCGACGUGCGGUUCUGUCAUUUCCUUGUGAGGUUUUAGCUUUGAGAUGUUUGAUACCAGGACGAAGCAUGGGAGGGCGAAAAUGCGCUUUGUUGGCCGAGCUACCUGGAGGCCGUUAUCACAUCCGUCAGUACUUGUCGUGAUCAGCGCUGAGCGGGUAUGCAGCUGCCGUAUUUUCAGUCCAGUCUGUUGCACAGUACCCGUAUUUUGACAGGACCUGAGAGGCCUGUCCAUGAAUUCAGAGGAAAAACUGAAGAACACUAGGAAUUUGUGGGCGAAUUUUGGGGGAUUUUCAUUCACGCAGAGUAGCUCGAACUAGGGUUUGGCCAGCCGGAACACGGCGGCGGAUAAGGGCCAAGCCCGAUUACAAUCUGGAUGCCCCAAGGAGGAGGCCUCCGGGGUCUAAAUAUACAGCUGGAAGGGAAAAGCAAGACAGCGACAGGAAACUGAUUACAGUACAACGCAGUAACUUUUGAAAAAGUAAAAGACUAUCUUGGGCCGUCCACUUGAAGAUCAACGGAGGACGUCGCAGGAGGCUUGAUGAAGUGGUAAGUUGCUCUGUUGCCGUCGGAUCGUAGAUCGACAGCCAUCGCUCGAAUUGACACGCUGAAGCGGUACUGAAGCUUAUCAGGUAUUGUCGAUGACUGCUACAGUCCUGACAAUUCCCCCCUGCAAAGAACAGACUUGCCCUCAAGGCUGGAGCUCCGGGAAAACCUUCUGGAUGAACGAGGCGUCUUCCCACGUGGCUUUUUCCGCUGGUAAGUUCACCCAUUUGAUGAGCCACUGCACGACUGGGAUGCUGAUGUCUCCUUGCACUCUGGGAACGAGUUUUCUCUGCAGUAUGGCUUCAGGUUGUAUUAGAAUGUGUCCCUCAUCAUCGAUCAGUGGUAGUUGUGGGUUGGGCACUGCCUCAGGCCCCAGAUGUUUCUUCAACUGACUGAUGUGAAAUGUUGGAUGUAAUUUGCAACCCUCAGGAAGGAGUAAUCUGUAGGCUACUCUCCCAAUUUUCUCCAAGACUUUAAAAGGGCCAUAGUACUUGGAGUGCAAUUUAAGAUGUUUGUGGAUGCUUAAGCUGGUGUGCCUGUAAGGUUGUAGCUUGACAUAGACCAUAUCUCCCACCUCCAGUGUUCGGUCAGAUCUUUUCUUGUCAGCAAAAUAUUUCAUUCUGUCUUGGGCCUUAAGGAGAUUUUGCUUGAUUUGGGCUGCAAUGGUAUCUCUGUCCAGCUCUGCUGUCCCAUCUUCCUCUUCAGGUGGUGGUAACAUAAGUUCAGCAAUAAGAGGAGGAGGUCUUGCAUAUAAUGCUUGAAAAGGUGUCAUUUUCAAGGAUGUAUGAAAGCUGGUGUUGUACCACCAUUCUGCCAUGGACAGCCACUUGUACCAUUUCUUGGGAUGAGCAAAUGCCAUGCAUCUGAGAUAGUUUUCCAAGCAUUGAUUUACCCUUUCUGUAUGUCCAUCAGUUUGAGGGUGGUAAGAUGUGCUGAGAUGCAGUUUCACUCCCAUUUUCUGGAACAGUUUCUGCCACAGAUGACUGGUGAAUAUUCUGUCUCUGUCAGUUACCAUUACUGUAGGAAGGCCAUGCAGUUUGAACACAUUAUCAGUGAAAGCUUGUGCUACUGUUGUGACAUUGAUGGGGUGUUUAAGGCCAAUGAAAUGAGCAUAUUUAGUGAACCUAUCAACUACCACCAGUAUCAGGUCUUUGUUGUCAGAAACAGGUAGUCCUUCCACAAAAUCCAUACUGAUGUGUGUCCAUGCAAAGUCUGGGACAGGCAGGGGUUGCAGGAGACCAGGAUAAGGGAAAUGGUGUGCUUUGUUGAGUUGACAUACUGGGCACUGUUGGACAAAGUUUUUAACUGCUUGUCUCAUGCCUGGCCAGGUGAACAGAAUUUUGAGUCUGUGAUAUGUAGCUCUCUCUCCAGAAUGGCCACCUAAUUCAGAUGUAUGGAAAGAAGUGAUGAGAGAUGCUCUCAGUUCCGUGACGUUGCCAAUGAGGAUUUUUCCUUUAUAUCUCAGGACACCACUGGUGAGGGAAUAAGGAGGUUUUCCAUUAGGAGCAAUAGCUAGCUGUUCCAGGAGUUCUGAGCAUUUGAGAUCUUGUUUGUAGCUGUUUACUACUUCUGUUAUCCAUGUUGGAAUGGCAGCUGUAGAGGUGAGAGCUUGCAGAGCAUACUUGACUCUGGAGAGGGCAUCUGCUACUUUGUUUUCUUUUCCUUUCUUGUACUCCACCUUGAAUUUGUACCCCAAAAGCUUAAUUAACAGUUUGUGUUGAA